AUGAUACCCGACCAAGACGCAGUAAAGUCCGUACGCGAGCUGACAGCAUCUGUUCAGGAUCUCUGUAAUAUCAUCCACUCAGAACAUAGCAGCUCUCGUUCCGAUAAAUCUCGAGAAGAACUUAAGGCUAAAGAUGCGAUCAGAAACACACUAGAUGAGCAAAUCAAGAAGGGCCGGCCGGAAAAGGUCCUGGACUGGAAAAAAGUUGAGUUGAUGCCUGUCGACGAAAUUGAGAUAGAGAAUGAGAAAUUAACACAGAAGUACGAAGGUUUGUGUUCACUCAACCGUCGCCCUGACAGAAACAAAGAUAAUGUAUUAUACUGA